AUGUCUGACGACGAACAACUACCCGUAAAAAUAAUCCCUGAAUUCGGAAGUUCCGAUUUCUCGUCGUCGUUGUCUUUUGGCGGCUUCGAGUUCUUGGCUUCUGUUGCUCUUGCAACUUUAGAAAAAGACAAUGCAUCAACUUUUUCGACUAGAAGAUUUAUUUGGAGCGAUCAGUACACGGCUCAUGAGAAAUUGAUGGCCAUGUACUUUGUAGAUGAUCCAAUGUUUGAUGAUGAGGUUUUCCGUAUGAGAUAUUGCAUGUCGAAGCGGUUGUUUCUAAAAAUCAUAGAAGACAUCACUGCAUCAUUUUCAUGGUUUCGGGAUUCAGUGAAUGUGGUGGGUACUAGAGGGUUCUCGUCAAUUCAAAGUGCACGUGCGCGCUACGACAACCUCGCCGAUCACUAUGAUGAGGGGUUGUCGUUUUCUACUAGAACUGCACGUGAGUGUCUAGACAACUUUUGCAUCGCCAUAAAGCAUCUUUAUGGUGAAGAGUAUUUGCCUUCUCCGGCUAGCCAUGAUGUUGCGCGUUUAUAUGAGGCGCAUGAAGCUAGACAUCAUUUUCUAGGCAUGAUCAAUAUGUUGAAACAAUCGCCAUUAUUUAUUCCUGAAGCGAAUGGGAAGUCUCUUGAGUACGGGGUUUACUAUAAACGGUCGCCGUUACAGUAUACGAUAGUAGGAUACUAUCUAGGGGAUGGUAUUUACCCAUAUUGGUCUUAUUUUGUGAAAGUGUAUGCAUACCUGGUCGCUCAUUAA